ACGAUUAGAUCCACCUCUCUGACUAUUCAAAGCAUCACACCGUGAAUGGCGAUCCCUCUCCCCUCUCCCCGCAACAGAAAAGACCUCGAUAUGCGCUCCCCCUUCGCAGGGCAGCAACUCCACGCAUCGUCCACCUCCUCUCGCUGUCAACAGAGCCAUGAUCUUUGCGCUGUUUCUCGCUUUCUGUUUCUUUCUAGCAUCGCCGCUGGCGCAAGCCGCAGACACUCUGUCGGCCAACCAGACGCUGCGAGAUGGACAGACCUUGGUUUCAUCUGGGCAAGUCUUUGAGUUUGGCUUCUUUAGUCCUAACAAGUCGAGUGCCAGGUAUCUGGGCAUUUGGUACAAGAACAUCCCUCUCCAAGUCACUUGGGUGGCCAACAGGAACAACCCAAUCACCAAUGUCUCGGCAGAGUUGGCGCUGAGCUCGCAAGGAUCAGUGUCUCUCCGAAAUGGGUCAAUGAGUUACUGGUCUGUGACCCCAGCUGGGGCCGUGAAUGAGCCAUUCUUGAGGCUCCUGGACAAUGGCAAUCUUGUUUUGAGUGAUGCAAGUGCUUCUGAUGGUUCAGGUGAUUAUCUCUGGCAGAGCUUUGAUAACAUAACUGACACUCUGCUGCCGGAGAUGAAACUGGGGUGGAAUUUGAGGACCGGUUUGAAGCGGAACAUGACGUCAUGGGCCUCAGAAUCCGAUCCCUUGAGCGGCCAGUACACGUUUAGCCUCGAGCCGCCGGAGGCUCCGCAAUUGAUUCUGUGGAAAGGGAGCCAGAAGCAGUAUCGAUGGGGGCCUUGGAAUGGCGAGAGGUUCAGUGGGAGUAAUGAGCUCAAGGCCAAUGAGGUGUUCAAUCCAAUGUUCAUUUCCAGCCCUGAAGAGGUGUAUUACACAUACACGGUGGUCGAAAAUUCGACCCUAUCGAGAUUCAUUGUGACCCCAGAGGGUGCGAUUCAAUAUCUCGCUUGGAUGAACAAUCAAUGGACAAAUUUGGUUACUUUACAGAGGGAUUAUUGUGAUACUUAUGGCAUCUGCGGGCCAUAUGGGACUUGCUAUGAUUCCUAUGAUGGAAAUUGCAGGUGCUUGAAGGGGUUCAGGAAAAACAAUUCGAGCCCCCUUGAUUGGACCAGUGGGUGCUCCCGGGUAUGGAAUUUGAGUUGUGGAAAUGGUGACGGCUUUGUGAAGUACAAGGAUUUGAAGCUGCCAGAUACUUCACGUCUGUAUGGGAAUAGCAGCUUGAACCUUGAGGAAUGCAAGACGGAAUGUUUGAAGAAUUGCUCUUGUAUGGCAUUCACUAGGGUAGAUGUCCAUGGAAAUGGCGGGGAUUGUCUUUUGUGGUUUGGGGAUUUGGUUGACAUGAAGAACUAUCCUUCAGGCGGAGAUGUCAUAUAUAUACGAAUGGCAAAGGCGGAGAUAGAUGCAAAUGCUCGAGCUAAGAGGAGAAGGCGUAUAGUAAUCGCCAUUGGCAUAUCUGUCUCAACGGUAUGUGGAAUGCUUAUACUAACGUUCUUUGGCCAGUAUGCUCUCCGGAGAAGGAAAGAGAGAAGGAGAGCUACAUACUCAGUUUAUCGAGAUUCAGGAGAUGGUGGUCCGGAGGAAGACCUUGAAUUACCCCUUCUUGAUAUCGUUGCAGUUGCUGAUGCCACAAACAAUUUCUCUUUCCAAAACAAGGUUGGGCAGGGUGGGUUCGGUGAAGUAUACAAGGGCAUAUUGCCCACCGGGCAAGAUGUUGCUGUGAAGAGGCUCUCACUGAACUCUGGGCAGGGCCUGAAAGAGUUCAAGAACGAGGUUAUACUGAUUGCCAAACUUCAACACCGGAAUCUUGUGAAGCUCCUAGGAUGCUGCAUUCAUGGAGACGAAAGAAUGUUAAUCUACGAGUACUUGCCGAACCAAAGCUUGGACCACCACCUUUUCAAUCCAAUUAAACGGAAACUUGUGACCUGGAAGACACGCUUCAGCAUCAUCAUGGGAAUUGCCCGUGGACUUCUCUAUCUCCAUGAAGACUCCAGGCUGAGAAUCAUCCACCGAGACCUCAAACCAAGCAACAUCUUACUAGACAGCGAGAUGGAUCCUAAAAUCUCAGAUUUUGGAAUUGCAAAAACAUUUACCGUAGAAAAUGCUGGAGAAAUGACCAACAGAAUAGUUGGGACAUACGGUUAUAUGUCUCCCGAGUAUGCGAUGAAAGGCCAUUUUUCAGUAAAAUCAGACGUGUUUAGUUUUGGAGUACUGUUACUGGAGAUUGUGAGCGGCCACAAGAAUUGGGGAUUUUAUCACCCAGACCACAACCUCAAUCUCGUUGGACAUGCAUGGAAACUAUGGACCGAGGGGAAUGCAUUUGGACUAGUAGAUGUCCUGAUGGAGGAAGAAUUUCCUUUGAAGGAAGUGCUGAGGUGCAUCCAGGUAGGACUCUUGUGCGUGCAGCAGCGACCCGAAGACCGGCCAACAAUGUCAUCGGCCGUGCUUAUGUUAGGCAGCGAGACUUCUGAUGUUUCUCAGCCUAAGGAACCGGGAUUAAGUGCCGAGAGCUUCGCUAUGAGCACUGACUCAUCCUCUAGUGUUAAAAUACCUAACUUUUCCAAUGAUGUAACUAUCACAGCUCUACAGAGCAGAUGAAAGCAUGAUAAGAAUACUCGAGCAACGAGAAGAGUAACAGGUUAUACAUACUUUUAUACACGAAAAGUAUAUAGGGUGCAGAUGUGUACAGGUUCUUCAUAUUAUUUUUGUUUUUUGUUAUAAAUGAUUCAUAAGAUUUAGAUAUUCAUGCAGAGUGUUACUA